UGGGUGUCAACUUUCGAUGGUUGCCUGAUUGCGAGUUGGUUUCCGGAGGCCUGCUGCUGUUGCUGAAUCAACCCUCUUUAAUCCCGAGCUUUUCAUAUCAGGGGUCCAUCACUUCUUACCCAACGUCGACUUCGCCUGGAAAUAGGUCCUGGUUCUAAGGAACUCAGGUAUAAGUCCUGACAGGUCGCCGGUGCGAAACUUCCCAUUUGAAACAAUAUACUAAUACCUUUGGCUUUGUUGAUACAGCAAAUUGUCAUGACGUCGCCUCUUCUGUUUCUGCUGGCCCUCUGUGCGUCUCUGCUCUCCCUCACUUCCGCGCAGACCAGUCUCGUGUUCAACCGCUCAUGGCAACCCUGCGGAACUUUUGAUCGCGUUCUCGGGGGAAUACCUGAAGCCGAUCCCGUCGACGACUGCACUAACCCGGAGCAAGAGGCUGCCAUCCGGCAGGCCUUCAAUGACGCUGUCGUACUGGCUGCCAAUGCACGCGAUGGAAUGCGGAAUGGACCACGCCCACAUGUAUGGGCUUACUACGACCGCGUCUUCAAACACGCUACAACGCCCGGCGCUACCUACAGCUGGCGCAAGGUCGCACACCUUCGACCGAGUAGCCCGCCAAACGAAAUUCCCAACGAGAUCAUCUUCCACUGCGGCGACCGCUGGCACGCUGCCGUCGCCAGGCGAGCUACAAAUUACGGUGUUACCGGAGACGCAAGCAGCCCGCAGAGCGGCCUCGGUGCCCAUGUCUGCGAAGCAAGCUCUGGGGCCUUCAUGUCUCGAAUCAAGAGCGGCACAUUCCCCCCCGACGUUUUCUCCGACUUUGGACCCCAAGGCGCUUUUCGAUCCGGCGUGCACAUCACGAUUUGCCCCCAUUUCUACGAUUGGCCUGCUCUCAACAACAUCCGAACGGUCACCGAGAAUCUGGAGUUCGCACACCAAAACAAUCAGGCUUGGUUCAUGCUCCACGAGAUGAUGCACGCUUACAGCGAGAGCAUCCUUGAUGCCGGUUACGGUCACGCAGGAAUUGUCAAUGUCUCGGACAGGAUCCUCCCGCCGGACCGUCUCCAUAUCACACCAUUGACCAACGCAGACACUUGGGCGAUAUUCGCAAUGGUUAUUUCACCUGUUGGCGGCAUGAACCUGUGGGAUUGGACAACUGGGUUUGCAGUCAGGACGCCGGCAAGCCCCGCAUGA